AUGGCUUCGGUGUCCGUACUUGCUGCGGCUUCAUAUUUUCCCGAGUAUAUUCGUGCUCGUCUAUCUGCUGGGUUGAUGUUCCAUAUGAUGAAUCGUAUUCCAAAAAUAGACAAUCUCUCUGAGGCUGGCUCUAAGCAGGUAAUGACACAAUGGUCACGUCAAGUAUUGUUUUGA